AUGUGUAACCGAUCUACAACUAUAGAUGAAAUUGUUAAAGAUCGGAUUUGUAUACGACUAAUUGAAACCAAGUGGGUCGAUAAAGUAGAAAACUUAAUUUACGUUGCACUUCAAAAACGAAAUGAAAGGGGUCAAGAUUUAACUACUGUUAAAUUUGAAGAAAUGUACCAAGAUGUUUGUGAAAUUGCUCGUGAUGGAUUACCAAUGAGAAUGGAAAAUGAGUUGCAUGAAAAAAUGAAUGACUUUUUAUCAUCAAAUAUUGACGGAAGUGAUAACCCUUAUACCAUGAAUUUAUCGGAGUCUAAUUCUCCUAGUGCAGUAAAUGUUGAUACUAAUGAUACUCCUUCUGAUGGUUCCUCUGAUGUGUUCAAUGAUAUCCUUGAUAUAACUUUAGGUGUUUCUACUAAUGAAAAAACAAAAAUCCGUUAA